AGAAAAAUGGAAGCCAACAGCUUGCGUACUGACUCAGGCCUGUCAGGCAGUCCAACUCUGGAGGAAAACAGUCUCAGCUACUGUCUGGAGUUGUAUGGAGGGAUCCUGGAGCCUGGCCGGUGCCAGCUGGACCGUGCUCUGCUGGAACCUCGCUCGGCGGCCGCCCAACUGGCCGCGGUAGAGUCUCUCGCGCUACACGUCCAGGAAGUCUUGUCGAAACGACGGCAACGGCCGCUUGAAGACGAUGCUGGGUACGAAUUUUCGCCAGAAUGGACCGGUUUUUCUCCAAGUCGCUCCGCCUCGCCUGCCUUGUCAGAUCCCAUAUUGAGAACUGGAGACCUGAAGGUGUCUGACCUCCACUCUAGAAGACAGACUAUACUAGAGCUACUAAGGCCUCAGGAGUCGUGUUCUAGAAAUGGUAGUGUGAAGGGAAGCACAGCAGACAAGUAUCGUCUCUCAUUUGUUGAGGUGUCAGACAGCAGUAGUGACAAUGAUGAUCAGAACUCACCUCGCAGUAUGUGGCAUAAAAUGGAUGAACCUCUAGUGUUGCAGAGCAGAGAUAGAGCUGAAGAGACAAUGGUUAGGGAAAGAGUGAAUGCCCGUCUUCCUGAGGCAGAGAAGAUCACCAAAACCCAGUUUGCCUGGGGACCAACUAGUCCAGGAGACUUACAGUAUGAUGAUGAUGAGGUGUUCGGGCCCAACCCAUCAAUUCUGGACCAAUAUUCCCUCCCUCACCACACCAGACCCAAUCCAGAGACAAAAGAGGUGAAGCAGAAAGACUCAAACAAGCCAAGCAACAGAGUUUCACAGGCUGCCAAAACCACUGGAGCAGCAGUGAAGUCCAUAGAUCAUGCCUCGUUCUCUCCCCUCUACACUAUGAGCAUUCCCCAACUGAAACACACUGUCCAACUUCUGGAGACUAAACUCAAAGGUUUCUCAAGGUCUCUGGUUUCACUGCUGGAAGAGAAAGAGGAGUUGGCAGCAGAGAAUGAGCUACUGAUGGAAAAUAUUGCGAGGAUAACGAGACAACUGCAGCAGUUGUACACUGCUCACUGAUGGCACACCACGCCUCCACAGAUGGUAGCUGAACUGUGCUACUUGUCAAAUGGCGGGUGUCCACAGAAACAUAAUGAUUAUCAUGAACAAGCAUUGGGUACAAUCUGGGAUAGAGCAUAGUUCUGCACACAUCUAUAGAAACCAUCUGGUCCAUAUUCUUUCCUCUUGGACAGGUGAAGGGUCUCAAGAGGCAUCUGUCCAAACUCAAACUCCCUGAACUCCUGUGUCAACAUCAAUAAUUGUAACGUAUCACUGAGUAUGGAUGUGUGCAUACUCUGAGAAUUUUCGUGGCAUCAAAAGGUUCUCUACGUUCCUUCUCCGUCUUCCUCCAGUUGCCCCCGGCAUUCCCCCUCCCCUCAGCU